GAUGGGCGGUGCCUGAGAUGAUUGAUGGGAUCACGGGAUCGUGACGUGAGCGUCUUCGGCGACAGCGGGCCGGGUGCUGGAAGUCCGCGGUUGACCACGGUUUACCUGAGGGGGACUAUGGCAGGGUUUCGCCGGGAGUCAGAGAGGGAAAAGCUGCUCACACCAGUGAACAGCUACGGCUCCCAAAACUCUGAUCUAUCUUCUCAAGCAAUGUUGGACACAAACGAAGAAGAACUGAAGAGGACACUGAAGUACUAUUUCAUGAGUCCCUGUGACAAAUAUCGAGCAAAAGGCCGGAAACCUUUCAAAUUGCUGGUGCAAAUCAUUAAGCUCAUCCUUGUCACAAUGCAGUUAAUCCUGUUUGGGUUGAGUAACCAGAUGGUGGUGGAUUUUACAGAGGAAAACACAUUGACUUUUAAGCAUCUAUUCUUGAAGAAUUAUGCAGAUGACUUGGAUGAUUCCUAUGCUGUGUAUACGAAGACGGAUGUUUAUGAAAGUAUUUUCUACACAGUUGAACAGUACCUGGCUCUGCACAACAUCUCUCUGGGGCGGUAUGGCUAUGUUACUGAUGGUGAUACAAAUUACACUGGUCUUCAGCUCUGCCAUCGCUUUUAUAAGAAGGGGAGCAUCAAUCCUGAAAAUGAUACCUUCAACAUCAACCCACGGGUGAUAACAGAGUGUGUGAGUGUGAGCCCCACAGAGAGACAGACGUACAGGAACAUCUCACUGAAAUUCUACAAGCUUAUCGAUGUUACCAUAACAUUUAAACUGAAGGCCAUUAACAUUCAGGCGAUCAUCAACCAUGAAAUUCCAGAUUGCUACACAUUUCAUAUUAUAAUCCUGCUUGAUAACAAGGCACACAGUGGUCGGAUAAAGAUCAGUCUGGACAACAAAGUGGUCAUCAAUGAGUGUACAGAGCCCAGUGUUUAUGGAUAUGGUGGAAAUGAGACUGGUCUUCUGAUAUUUGACAUGUUUGUCAUUGCAUUGUGCCUGGCGUCCUUUAUUCUGUGCUUGAGGUCAAUCAUCCGUGGAAUCAAGCUGCAAGCUCGAUUUAGGGAAUUUUUCAAGCUGAAGCACAAAAAGGAUGUGUCCUACACCACUCGCUUGGAGUUUAUCAAUGGCUGGUAUGUUCUGCUGAUUAUCAGUGACGUGCUCACCUUUGUGGGUACGAUCAUGAAGAUAGGAAUCGAGUCCAAGAACUUUGCAUCCUAUGACCUGUGCAGUAUUUUGCUCGGGACCUCAACUCUGUUAGUUUGGGUUGGAGUGAUUCGCUAUUUGAGUUUCUUUCAGAAAUAUAAUAUCCUCAUUGUGACUCUCCGAGCGUCUUUCCCGAAUGUGAUCAGAUUCUGCUGCUGUGUUGCUGUGAUCUAUAUGGGUUACUGUUUUUGUGGCUGGAUAGUGCUGGGUCCGUAUCAUGAGAAGUUUCGAACACUCUCGAUGGUGUCUGAGUGUUUGUUUUCACUCAUCAAUGGGGAUGACAUGUUCGUGACGUUCUCCCACAUGCAGCAGAAGAGUACACUGGUUUGGUUGUUUAGCCAGAUCUACCUGUACAGCUUCAUCAGCCUUUUCAUCUACAUGGUUCUCAGUCUCUUCAUCGCCCUCAUCACUGGUUCUUAUGAAGCCAUAAAGCACCAUGGGAUCAGCGGGGUCCGUCCCAUCGAGCUUCGCGAGUUUAUCGCUGAGUGUACAGAUGCUCCAAACUCGGGCAAAUUCCGUGAGGUGGAGAGCUCUGUCUGCUCCUUUUUCUGUUGCUGUGACAGAAUGACUACCUAUGAAGAGGCCCUCUUGGUAAACUGACCCCAAUAGAUGCUACUUGUGAUUCCGACUGUCAGAAUGCAUUAGAAUUAAAAUCCUUCAAGCAGGCGCUGAAUGUUGGGAAGACCAUGGCCUGGCUGCUUUGUGGUGAUACCAGGGACGUCUCCAUGAAGGAGCUUUAUGAGCUGGGAUCAAAUUCCACAUAAAAUGACAAAUAUAUUUAUUGUACAGGGGACCACUAGAUAUUUUGUGUAUAUAUUGGUUUGACGGGAACACUACUUGAGAAACAAUCACGUUCAUGAUCUUGAAGUUGAGCUGGAGACAUUGAAGUCCUCCUGGCACUUUUCCACUUCAUCUCUAACAGUACUCAAGCACAAUAAGAGCCAGUACUCCCAAUCAUUGCAUGGGCUAGAAUCAUGACAGGAGCUCUCAAUGAUGUCCUGAUUUACUGGAGAAUCAGUAAAUAUGACACAGCUGGGGCUCUGUGUUUCCUGUGCUGGCUGUUUUCUUGCUUUCAGCUGUGUUGAUUAACUUGAUCAGCAAAUUGGUAAAUGGGAGAGAAUUAAACUGGAGACUGGCAGUGAUCUGAGUUUAAUGGUCUGAAUGCAAAAUAUUCAGCAUCAUCUACUGUUCAAAUACUAGCUGAUUUGCAUCUGAGUUUGGUUUACUCACCUGGUUCCAUAAAACCUGUAACUUAGACCUAAAUUCAAGCAAGUAUAAAGUUGUGUGUAUUUUCACAGUCUGUUCCAGGGUUCACAAACCCUUAGUACCUCCCUACUUCAUCCCCAGUUCUCCUCAAGUAAUCCCCAUCGUUUAUAGCCAUGUGGCCUUUGGCAUUACUGGUGAGUGUAAUAAUCUAAUCAUUUUCAUUCUGGUUGGUUAGGACAGUGUCAUCAAAGGGGGUUUUUCACCUUUCCACUGUCUUAGCCUGUCAUUACCUGGUUUUGACGCUGUGCCCAGGUGCUCUUACUUCGGGACUGUCGCAGUUUUCAGGGGAAAGGUCCUUCUCUUUUUAUCAAAGGUUUAACGAAGGGUUUGGUUUGCAACAGAGCUCUCUUCAGCUGGUAUUUGCGAAUGUGCCCCCAAUGAUAAUGAAGUUGCUGAAAAUUUAAUUUACCCUUUCUAAACAAAAAAAAUUGUUUUUAAAGAAUAUUUUAAAGAUGAUAUUUCAACUCCUGAUGUUUAGUCUGAUUACAGUCUGUUCAGUACUUGCGUUGUGGUGUGAAGCUCUAACUGUAACUUCAAAGCCAGGCAAUCUUACAACCAACAGGAAACACGGAAAGGAGAGAGAACAAGGGGGAUGCUGAACAAUAUUAAAGACAUUGACCUAACCCCCCUCACCCUUUCCUCCUCUAUUUCUUUCCCUCACCCCUCUACAACCUCCCAUUUACCCUCUCUGACCCUCUCCUUCAAAACCCACUUCCAGGCUGUACCUUUUGUCACUGACAACAGCUUGUUCUCACACUACCUGCCACAGUUAUACAGUUGUGGGUACUGUUUUCUACAUUACAACAGCGGCAGCACACAUUGCAAACAAUGAAGCCUGCAGUGACACAAAUACAUUCUGAUCUCUUAUCCAGCAAAAGGAGUAAAAAUACCUGUCAUAAAUGGUCUUUAAGUGACAGGGGAGUCCAGAGACUGGAAAGAUUCAUUAACCUCUCGUUUGACUGUGUCUCAUGAUGGGGAAUCGGUCCAUAUCUCACCCCUCAGUUGUGGUUCUGAUGUUUUAAGCACAGUACUGUUUGACAUGAGUGUCUCUCUUGCCACAUUUUUGAUAGCUAGUGUUCAUGUACAAGUGAUAAAUUGUGUCGAGGGAACUUUCUCAAUAUGGAUCAUUCUGGAAAUCUAAUUUGUAUGUUUUGAUGCUUUAUUCUGCAAGAGCGUAAUCUCAGGUGUGAAUAGUCUGGAGAACUCUGCAGAUUGCAUUGGAACUGCACUCUUCUGGUUGUGUGUUCUCUAUGUUGUUCAAAAAUCCAGAAAUUGAAGGUUAAUGCAACAAUUUCCUAAAUUGUGCUUUGAUUUCCUGGAUGCACAACUAAUAAAUCAACGCUUGUGUUUUUA